GUGAGCAUCGACUAUAUUGCAUACGGCUCACACAGAGCGGGUAGUUUGAUAACGUGGAACAAUAGGGAGGCAGCUUGCCGGAGCAGUGCCGAUUUGGAAUGCGACGAUACGGCGUUAGAAAUUUAUCAGUUUAAUAUUCAGGAUUAAAUUUUCACAAAAUAAAUUGAAAUAGUUUUUCAGAACGAUUAAGACAAAGUAGAGUUUAGUCUUGACGCCAUUUGCGAGGUUGGGGUAUCUACAUAUAGGAUUUAGUUUUUGGAAAGGAUUACCAUACAUAUAAAUAACAAGAUGUUGAUCAGGGACCUACAUAAACUGAUAUUUGUACUCUUCGCUAUACCGACUAUUGGGGCAAGGACCAUUAAAGAGUUAAUUGAUGACAUAAUACAAGAAUCAUUAGCACAGUCAGAGCUACCAAUUCCAACUCACUGCGGCAGGAACAAAUAUGGGGAAAGUCCCAAUGCUGUUCAUAAACGCAUCGUUGGAGGGCAAAUGUCAAAGCUUGCAGAAUGGCCGUGGUUGGUUUCGAUGAUGCUCUCCGUAAACGGCAGCAAACAUGAACACCUAUGUGGGGGAACUCUUAUUCAUCCACAAUGGGUACUAACUGCUGCCCAUUGCUUUGAAGACGUCUGGGUUGACUAUUUGACCGACGAUCCUAAGAGAUGGAUGAUGCGAAUCGGUGAACACAACAUGCUUGUCGACCAGGGAACACACGUUGAUAUACCUCCAUCUAAAAUAAUUCUUCAUCCUCAAAGACGGGCUCCGGACGCAAUAAAUAGAGAUAUUGCGUUGGUUAAACUAGCCUACCCUGCAAAGUUAGGUGCUCAUGUAAACGUUGCUUGCCUCCCAGAUGAAUCAGACGUAGCGACGUACCAGCCUGGUUCUGUAUGUACGAUAGCUGGAUGGGGGCACACUGUUGAAGGUGGGCCAAACAUAUCAGACAUAAUUCGACACGUGAAGGUCCCAAUUGUACCCAACCCAUUGUGUAACAAAUUAUACAGCAAGAUUACGGAGCUGCAUGUCACUCCCGACAUGAUGUGUGCCGGAUACAAAGCCGGGGGUAGAGACGCAUGUCAGUAUGACUCUGGUGGUCCGAUGGUGUGUCACAACGAGAAUGAAAACGAGUACAUUCACUUCGGGAUAGUGUCUACGGGGUACGGUUGUGCUCGCGGGGAAUACCCCGGCAUAUACACGAGAGUCAGCGCCUAUAUUGAUUGGAUAGAGAAUACGGUGACCAAAGAAAUGGAGUUGUAGUUUGAAAUGGACGUGUGAAGAUAUAAACUUCACAAUUAUUUUUAAGUUAUUACUACAGUUAAUAAAAAAUAUGACAGAGGAAAGGCCGCAGGGGCAAAGACUGACUCGGAACGAAAUGGUAUCCAGUUUUUAACUGCUAAAGAACAGAUUGUGUACACUAAUACUAUUUGCAACUGUCGACCUGCAAGGGCCCGCACGAGUUACACGGAACACGAAAGUUGUGUUAUUUCAUAAAUGUUAGUGAAAAAUCAUGAUAUUUUAAAUAGAACGAAACGAAUCAAUAUAAAUUCAAGCUAAGUGCUAUAUAGCGCUUCUAAUUUUGUUGAUAACAUGUGAUACGGUUUUAUUGAAAGCGACGAUCGAAUUUGUAUUAGAUCACCAUGGAUUAAUAAAUUAAUCAUAAGCUACAUAUAUUUGACCUAUUUCUUACCUGUAAUAACAACAGUUUGGUACGUUUGCCUGUGACAAGCCAAAGAUCCAAGUAUACACAAAUAUUGGAUCGGAGAACGGAGGAAAACGAGAUACGGGGCAAGAAU